GAAUUUUCACUGCUGGUUCAUCAAAUCCCGUUGUCAAGCCACAAUAGGAAGAUCUUACAGCUUUUAGAGCAAUUCUCAUCAUCACCAUCACUAUCUUCAUCAUCAUGGGUCGUUUUGCAGAACUGUCCCUGCUUUUUGUCUGUUUUGUUGCUUUUGCAGCUUCUGAGAAUCAUCCAAAAGCAGAUCUGGUGAUAAAACCUGUAACAGAGGAUGACCUGAAUGCCCUAGUUAAAGAUCAAAUCAAAAACAAAGUGAAGAGGGCUGCUACAUGUGAUUCUAACUGUCCGUUUGGCUGGGUGAAAUAUGGAGAUCGGUGCUUCACCUACGUUUCUCAAUAUAGGGACUGGACCAGUGCUGAGGCCUACUGUGUUUCUCAGGGUGCUAAUCUGGCCUCCAUACACACUGAACUCGAAAACAUGUUUGUGAAGGCUCUUGUCCGAGCUUACGACCCCAUCGGGAACCCUACAUGGAUCGGUCUGUCCGCCUGCCAGAAGCCGUACACCUGGUUCUGGUCUGAUGGGACAAAGUACGACUACAGCAAAUGGAAUUCAAAUGAGCCCAACCGCUUCAAUGACGAAUGCUGUGUGCAGAUCAACUGGCUUGAUGUGCAUACAAGAAACAAGGAGUGGAAUGAUAACCUCUGUUCAGGUGCGCUUGCUUCUGUCUGUGUGAAGAGGCUCGCCUGAACGCUGACAGCCAAGUAACACAUUCCCCUGACUGAUACUGUUA